AUGGAUUCAAAAAAUUCUGAUCAAGUAAAAGUCAAUCAAUCUCGCUGGGUUAUUUCAAUUAAGGGUAGCCUCUAUAUAAAUUACGAAAAGGAAGACGGAAAAGAGUUCUACAUAGCGAUGUUCAAUGUGCCAAAGGAGUUACUGGCAGUGAAGCCUGAAGCAUACAUUCCACAGCGCAUCUCCAUCGGGCCAUAUCACCAGUGUAGAUCGGAGCUGUACGAAAUGGAGAGAUACAAGGUGGCUGCAACUCGUAGGUUUCGGCAGAGAAUUGAAGGUCGUAAUUUCGAGUCUGUAGUGGAAGAAUUGAAAAAGCACGAGUGGCGAAUACGGUGCUGCUACCACAAAUACCUGGACUACGCCGAGGAAGCCCUAGCAUGGCUCAUGGCUUUGGAUGCCUCGUUUGUGCUUGAGUGCUUGCGGUUCUACGUCAAACAUGCGGGUCAGGCUUCCUCGGAAGUGUCGUCCGAGGUGGAGCAACUGCGCAGAGUGUUAGAUCCAUCUGGGAGGAGCGCUUCCUACAAUGCAAUUAUGAGAGAUUUGAUGAUGCUGGAGAAUCAGGUACCGUUAUUCCUCUUGCAGAAGUUGUUGGAGAUUCAGUUGGGUUCUAUUGACAAGGCAGAGGAAAGGUUUUGCAGCCUGGUAAGUCUUGCCUGCGAAGAGUUGUCGCCGUUUAUGUUCAAGAUGCCGGAUAGUUCACAGCAGAGUAUAAAAGAAACGGGACAUCUCCUGGAGGUGCUCUAUUACUCGGUUGUCCCUUCAGUGGCCAUGGACAAAGGCAAUAUUGAGGGCAAAGGGACCCAAAAGGAGCCGUUGCCAGAUAGUACCUUCGUAAGACAGGUUCUGAAUUCGGCAUGGAUGGCUUUGUCAUCAUUUAACAUUGGUCCUGUUAGAAGAGUAACGACACUGCCUCAGCGUCUAUUCAAAGGGAGGAUCGUACAAUUUGUGGUGAAGCUGCCCAUGCGCCUUCUUUCUUCUCUAAGAAAUCUGCCAAUUCUGCGAGCUUUUAAUUGGCCCUUAACUCUUAUCUUCGGAGCUGUCAAAGAAGAAGAGAAAGACGAGGAAGCAGAGGAAAAGGAGAAGGAGGAGGUUCCCUCUGUGGCCGACUUAAUUUCAUCUGGAGUGAAAUUCCUUCGUACGGACGGAGACCUCAGCACAAUACGCUUCGACACAAGGACGGCCACUCUUUAUCUUCCCAAAGUGAGGCUAGAUAACAAUUCAGAAGCGAUACUGAGAAAUCUGGUAGCGUUCGAAGCUUCGGCGGCGCCUGGUGCGUUGAUCUUCACUCGCUACACAGAUUUCAUGAACGACAUCAUCGAUACAGACGUAGAUGUUCAGCUUUUGAGAAACACCGGGAUUAUUUACAAGUGGAACGGCAUGGGUAAAUGCGUGAAACUGACAAAAGUGAAGUAUUUAGACAAAGUAAUAGCCGACGUGAACAAGCAUUACAACAGGAGAUUGAUCGUUGCGCUGAUGGAGUACGUGAACAAAUACAUAUUUGGUUCAUGGCAGUUGUUGAAUCUUGUGGCUAGAGGGAUUUUGUUUGCUUCUCACGUGUUUGCAGGCCUUCUGCUCUGUGCCUGGCUUAACCGGCACACUCUGAGCUUUGACUUAGAGUCUGCCGUGCAAUGUGGGGCCCAUUUACUUGCGAACCGUUUCGAAUGCUUUUCAUUUGCUGUUCUAGUUCCGUUUCCGUACACAUUGAACGUUUGGAAGAAUGUUUUUUAG